AUGAGAGUGUUUAAGAACUUAGAUUAUUUCCGUAAAGUAUCGCCGGAGCACACUAAGCCAACUGUUAUUGGAGGUCUAGUGUCACUAUGCUCGUUAACAGUGAUUGUGGUCCUCUUCAUGUAUGAGAUAAAUGACUUUGCAAGAACUAAGAUAAAGAAAGACACGUACGUUGGAGCUAUUGAUAGACAAGGAGAAGAGUUCAUUAUGGUUGAGAUUGAAUAGAGAAGUUCAGUAUCUGCUCAAUCCAAAGAAGAAGUCAACAAGCAUCUAUUUAAAAGAAGACUUGAUAAGAAAGGAGAGCCACUAGACUAGAUUGAUCCUAACUUUGACAGUUCAGAUAAUGUUGUUUAACUACUUAGUCAAGCGAUGGAGAAUGACGAGUAAUGCAACAUUAAAGGUAAAAUCAUUUUGGAAAGAGUCACUGGAUAAGUACUAUUAAAUUUCAACAAUAAAAUUGGAUAUAUAAAUGAGUUACAAAGAUCAAACCCUAAUAUUGCUAACAAGAUUUCAUUCAGCCAUAUUGUUAACUCUCUAACAUUUGGAGAUGUUUCUUAAUAAGUAGCAGUCAGAAAGAGAUUCGGAAAUAAUGAGCAUACUGCAUUCGAUAUGAUGGAGUUUAUUGAUGACGCUCUCUAUGCUGAAGACUCUUCAAGCAAGGACUACUUUUACUUCUAUAAACUAGUACCUCAUAUUUUUAUUGAUGAAGUGCACCUUGAACAGUACUCUAGUUACAGUUACUCCCUAAAUCAUAAUGCAAAGCAAGCUUAAUUAUCAAAUUUCCCUCAAAUUACUAUGAUAUACGACUUUGCCCCAGUUAACAUGAAGAUCACUAAACAGCAAAGAGAUUUAUCCAGAUUUUUGGUCAAUUUGUGUGCAAUUAUCGGAGGAGUUUUCGUCAUUUUCGGACUAAUUAACAGAUUCUUGCUUUCAGUAAAAGAAACAUUUUCAGGAGAAGGCAGUAGAUGA